GCCGCCCACCGCUCACCUUCCUCGUUGACGUCAUUCCUGUGCGACAGGCCUCGGCGUACAGCGUCCUGACGCGUUAUUGGAUAGAAGCUGGAAAUGGGAGGACGGGCUACGCUGGUAGCAUGGAUUCUUCUUCUCCGUCAAACAGUGGCAACAGCUCGGUCCACAGUGGGAACCGGAAACAAAGUAUAAUCAACAUUCCUGACAGGACCGGGAUCGAGUCUUGUUAUGAUCGGAAAGGGGACAAGGCUGGAUACGCAGCUCCGCAGGGCGGCGUGACCGUAACGUCUCUGAAGUCCCGUCUCGCCCCGACCAUUCAGACGGCCAUGUCCGCCGUCGUCGAUACUCUUCUCGGGGAAGUGGUGCUUGUGCUCAACGAGACUCAGCAGGAGUUGCUCCACAAGGAGCAGGAGAACGAGAGACUCAAAGUGCGCCUGGAGGUGUCGGAGAGGGAGUUGAAGACUUUACAGGAGUGCCUUUGUAGCGCCCAGAAGCUCAUAGACCAGCUCCAGAUCUCCUACACGGGCCCCCCAUUCAACCAGUCCGUUUUCACCCCUUCGCUGUCUUCCAUGGCGUCAAUGACUGCCGACUUGGACCGCGACCACCAGAACGGACGCAAUGUGAACGGAGCCGGUGUGGACUUGGGUCUCAGUGGCUCUGUGGAUGAUUCGCUUCAUGGGUUUGAGCCAAGAGAUGACUACAAAAUGUGCCAGCUUUCAAUCCAACCAGAUGGCUCCGUGACGAACCACGCUCUGGACUCCUUUGCUUCCAACACAUCUCAUAUGUGCUCCGAUUCCAGCAGACCAGGACCAGGCGGAGGGUCUGGGUUUGAGAUCAAAGAGGAGCAGGGCCCCGCUUCAGGCUCUGGUCAGCCCAGCAGGAAGGAGCCUGGCUACGUUCAAGUUGGAGAGGAGGGAGGUUCCCAGGGUUCCUUCACUCACCCUCUACGUCACCAAAGACCUGUGCGAGAAUGCAGCAGUGCCUUGCAGCAGGGUGGACUUGAUGGACAGAAGCAAUUGGCCAGGAGCGCUGGAGCCGGGAGAGUAGACAGUGUUUCACCAGGCAGAGCAGAAGACUCUGCAGGACCUUCGGCUUCUGAAACACCUGGUGAGCCCUCUCUAGAUCGGCCUCACCACUGCUUGGAGUGUGGAAAGACCUUCCGUCUGAUCUCCAGCCUGAAGAAGCACAUCCGCAUCCACACUGGAGAGAAGCCCUACCCGUGUGCAGUCUGUGGCCGCCGCUUCCGUGAGUCAGGAGCCCUGAAAACCCACCUGCGCAUACACACGGGCGAGAAGCCGUACUCCUGCUCCGAGUGUGGCAACUGCUUCCGCCACUUGGACGGUUUGCGCAAACACCGCCGCACGCACACCGGAGAGAAACCCUACGUGUGUGCCAUCUGCGGGAAGCGCCUAAGCCGCCUGCAGCAUCUCAAACACCACCAGCUCAUCCACACUGGAGAGAGGCCGUGCUGCUGCCCCUUCUGCAACCGCAGCUUCAAGGAGCCCGCGGCGCUGCGGAAGCACAUCCGCACGCACCGGGAGGAAGGUGGUCACAUGGGGAUCGCGGCCAGUGAUGACACGGACCCAGAUGCCUUGGAUGACAUUAACAAUCUCCACCCGGCAGCGCCGUCCCCUCAGAUGAGGUUUGGGGAGUGGGGACCUGAGGAGGAUGACAGCUCAGUUGUGGACUGUGUGUAGGGCUCGAUUUAAGGAGUGUUGGUAUUCUUACCAUGAGACUUUCUCUGGGUGAAGAACAUGGAAUACGGCGAGUUUCUAAACAUGAUAGAUGGAUAAGGUCAUCUCUGUUCCAUGCUGUUGAAGUGAAUACUCAGGCUACAUAUAACCGUAGACUUGGAGAUUUGAUUAUAUCUGGCAUUUUUAAUGUUUUACUCUCUUAGAGGAAAUUCUUUGUAUUUGAAUAUAGACGGUGCAUUCUUCCACAGUGAGUAUUUUUUUCAGGCAUUCAAAAGGCAGCAGCAGGAGCAUACAGGUUGUUCUUGGCACAUGGAGUUGCUGGUUUGCUAACUUCCGGGCAAUAGUUUGGGAAAUUGAUGGCAGAAGUGGAUUAGAGCUGUUUCCUCACUUUAAAUAUAUAAGUGCCUAAAUACUCAACCAUCAACCGACACGCUGCUGCUGCUGCUGCUGCUGCUGCUGCUGCUGCUGUUGUUCAAGGUCCACCUGGAUUUUAAUCUCAACAAACUGUUACAUUACAACUCUGAUCACAACUUUUUUUUAAUAGUUUCACACAUUGAAGAGACUGUAUUUGCUGUUGAAUUCUCUUAAGUUUCCAAUUGGGCAUGCUUUUGCCAACACACUGAGCUGCUCAAAUACAUAGAAAUGGAUCUAGGGCUGCAGAAUUUGUAUCGAAAUUGCAAUAUGGCCUGAAGCUAUUUUCAAAUAGCAGGAGGUCCAUUUGUUAAACCAAAAAUAUUUGCCAAAAUACCAUUUUAAAACUUGAUAAAUCGAUAAUAUUUGAGUUGUAGUAUUUCCUACACAAUAUUUUUAAGUCCGUUAGUCCGGUUAGUGUUGUAGAUGACCAUAGACCAGAGUAUUGAUAUUGCAACAAUAUUGUGGGGUUGACCAAAAAAUGUACACAAUGAGAUAUUUGUUAAAUAAUCAUCAGUAAUGUAAAUAUAAUUUCUAAGUGGGUGAAAGCCGAACAGCUAGAAAAAUUAAACAGCUGCGUCAGAAAAUCACUUUACUAUAAUGCAGCCUUUAAAACCAGGAGAUGACAUCUACCGUAAAAUGCGGGUUAUAAGCUGAUACUUUUUUCCUCUCAACUUUGACACGGACGGCUAAUACAAGGGGACAAAGUUAUUUUUGUAUUGCUUUGUUCCUUUCAUUACCGGUGGUCGUUUCGAGGGUUUGUCAGGUACCGCUAAAUUAGCGGUAUAUAUACCGCGGCGGCUUGUUUAAGAUUUAAUACUUUUAUUUUUAUUUAGUAGAUGCGGCGUAUUAAAGGGUGUGCUUUAUAGCCUGCAUCUGACGGUAGUCUCAUGUCACGAUAAGGAUAUAUUGAGAUAUUGCACUGCCAGAUAUCAUUGUAAUGCCACAGAUGUCACCACUAUCCUGUGGUUAGCUCCUGGUGGAGUCAUCAAAUCGAAGAGGGCAGCGUGGACCUGCAGUCUACCGUCUGUAGGCCGAAUGGCUCAAAUAUCAUUUUGACCACAUACGCAGCAGUCGACUGUCCCAUUCUGAAGCCCUGCUCUGUCUUAUAAUGUCUUUAUAAUAUCUUGUGUUUGGAGGCGUCUGUGCAUUAAUUUGGCCGUUCGAAGAGGGCACACAGCCAGUUGGCAUCAGCAUGCAUCCGGAUCAACAGCGUAAACACGUCACUGUUUCUCCUGUCUUUUUGAUUUUCAUCUCUCUUUUAUGGACCAUAUCUUUUUGCAUUCCACUUUUGUUCAAGCUGCUGCUGUCUGUCUGGAAAGCGUUCCCUUUUCUGGACCCGUGUUAAUGUAGCCAGCCGGUCCGCUCGCAAUUACUAGUGGACGGCUUUUGGUGCCUGCAUGUGCAUUUCUGUUUCUCCGCUGGCAUCGCGUGCCUCCCGGCUGUUUCUGUACAUAAGAAUGUAGUUUUAGCCAUUUUACCUGGAUUAAUGAGGGUUUAACAUUUGUGGACAAGUUAAUGUGCAACAACGACUUAAAAGAAAAAGUAACGUGUUAUGAAAACGUCAGUAUGCUCACAUGCAAUGUAAUUAUAUAUAUAUACUCUUAUUGACAUUCUUCCUGAUGUGAUGCAUCAGGGUUAACAGAGGGGUAUUACUCUUCUCUGCCUUUUGAGCUACACUGUAGGUAUCUGGUGUCAUUUACCAUGUUUUACUACUAUAACGAUCCCCGUGUAACUCUAUGUACAUUUACAAGACUGAGUCAUUUUAAACACCACUGAAAAUGUUACUGUUACUGUAUAUGCAGAAUAUGAUUUGCCAUGGUAGUCUCGUUCUUGUAUAAUCAUAUUUUUUCAAAACAUUUUUUUUUUGUAUUGCAUACAGAGGGGGCCUUUGCAUGUAGGUUUAAACCGAAAUGGCAUUCUUCCGGGAAAAAGUCAGUGUUAAAAUGUUUUUCGUUAUGCAUCUUGUUCAACAUACAGUAUAUUCAUUCCACCUCAUCACAGUCACUCCAAUACCUUGCUGUAAAUGUUACUAUAUUAAAGGGCCUUGUUUAUACUCCU